GCAGAGGAGUCUCCGGGAAUCAGCAUGUUCCCUUUGCUCAUUGGGGCUGGACUGGUGGUUCUGAACCUAGUGACCUCUGCUAGGAGCCAGAAAACAGAACCCCUUAGUGGCUCUGGGGACCAGUCACUCUUCCGGGGAGCAGAUCGAUAUGACUUUGCCAUCAUGAUCCCUCCAGGAGGCAUAGAAUGCUUUUGGCAAUUUGCCCACCAAACUGGAUACUUCUAUUUCAGCUAUGAGGUUCAGCGGACAAUGGGAAUAUCACAUGACCGGCAUAUUGCUGCCACUGCACAUACCCCACAAGGUUUUCUCAUAGAAACCUCUCAGAAUGUUCGGGGCCAGAUUAACUUCUCUACCCAUGAGACAGGUUUUUAUCAACUUUGUCUAAAAAAUCAGCAAAAUCACUUUGGUUCUGUGCAAGUGUACCUCAAUUUUGGAGUCUUCUAUGAAGAGCCUGAGAUGGACCAUAAACAGAAGAAUGAAAGAAAACAACUGAAUGAUACUCUGGAUGCAAUUGAGGAAAGUACACGAAAGGUACAGAAAAAUAUCUUUCACAUGUGGCGUCAUUACAACUUUGCCCGCAUGAGGAAAAUGGCUGACUUUUUCCUCCUCCAAUCAAACUACAACUAUGUGAACUGGUGGUCGAUGGCCCAGAGCCUUGUUAUUGUUCUUUCUGGGAUCCUGCAGCUGUACUUCCUGAAGCGUCUCUUCAAUGUCUCAACGACUACAGACACAAAGAAGCCAAAAUGCUAAGCUAAAUAAUUACAGUGUGCUGACUCUUCUGGGGCAGAAGCUUUUCAAAGCUUUGCUAAAUCAGCUUUGUAAAGUUAUUAGGGAAAAAUCAAUUUAUCCUAUUAGAAAGUUUUAGUUUAUUGGACUCAUCUACAGAGGCAAA